AUGUUCUCAUUUUUUUAAUUCAAGCUCCUCGCUCUCGCCGCCAUUGUCGCCGUGGCCAAAGCCGGCGUCCUCCCAGCCGCCCCCCUGGCCUACGCCGCCCCCGCCAUCGCCAAAGUAGCCGCCCCACUCGCUUACGCCGCCCCCGUAGCCAAGGCCGUAGUAGCCGAAGACUACGACCCCCAUCCACAAUACCAAUAUGCCUACGACAUCCAGGACGGCCUCACAGGAGACAGCAAGAACCAACACGAAGUCCGCGACGGAGACGUCGUCCAGGGCAGCUACUCCCUGGUGGACCCUGACGGUUUCAGGCGUACCGUAGAAUACACUGCUGAUCCCCACAACGGUUUCAACGCUAUCGUACACAGGGAACCGCUCGUACAGAAGGCGGUAGUGGCUAAAGUGGCUGCCCCCGUCGCCUACGCCGCCCCUGUAGCUAAAAUCGCCACCCCUCUUGCCUACGCCGCCCCUGUAGCUAAGGUCGCCGCUUACGCCGCUCCUCUGUACCACCACUGA